AUGAGAUCAAUUAACUUACUUAAGCAGUUGAUUUUGAAUGGUGAAAUCGGUGAGGCUAUUGAACAUGCACGAGCUUUACGUCCUGGUUUGUUAGAACAAAACAAAGAAUUAGCACUAUUAUUAAAUUGUCAGCACUAUGUGGAAAUCUAUGCUAAAGCGAAUAAUGUCGCAAUCCCUACUAUCUCUUCGUCUGAUACUGCUAUUUCAACAUCUAGCCCGUCCAAAGCGGCUGAAUCUCGUUCGAUCCAAAACCGUCUUUCACAAAUUUCAGGGAGUGAUUCAUUUGCUCAAGUGUACAGUAGAAAGGGACAUCCGUUCACUAUUACUGCUCCUAAUAAUGAGACGCUGGGUACAGUUAAUCCAUUUAAAAGGCGCAACGAUGAAUGGGGUAUUUUAGAACCUUCCAUUUGUGUAACUCGUCGAUCACGUACAUGCAACGAAGGCACACGGCCAGUUACUACAAUAUUGACUCGUGAGACAGCAAGUAGUUCUGUUAUUUGCGGUACAUCAACUGAUGAACCAGUAGAUGCAAAAAGUAGCAGUGGUCAUUCUUCUUCUAGCGGAAGUACUUAUGUACCAAAUGGAAGUACAACGAAAUGUAAUGGUAGUGCUUCUGAGACAAACGGUGCUCACCGAAUUGUGACAUCAGCAACCACUAUUAUUGACGAAGAUAAAGACCCCAUUUGCGGUGAUACUCAUGACGAUGUGAUUGGUGGUGCUGAUCGAUCGUUCUCAUUAUGUCCAGGUUGGACAGGCGGUAAUCCAAGAGAUAUGAUGUCAUGGGAAGCAAUGGAGAAACUUUUGGAAAUCGGUCGAGAAAUUAAUGGUUUAUUUGGAGAAAUGGUUAAUCCACCGCAGGAGUUGGUUCAGCGGAUGCAAGAUACUCUCGCAUUAAUAUGUCAUACGAAGCCAUUAGACACAUCACUUUGCUACUUACUAGAGCAGAUACAACGUAUAGAAACUGCUAAUGGAUUGAACAGCGCUUUACGAGAACAUAUGGGUUUCACGAAAGAAUCGCUACUUUCUAUGCAUUUUCGUACAGCUCGCAAACUUCGUGAGGACCUAAUAGCAAUGCAGUUUGGUGCUGCCGUGUUUGCAGACGUUGAUAAGUUAGUCACAUAG